AUGCAACUUCACAAGAGCAGAGCCGUCAUCUUCUAUCAGUGGCACCGCGGCAGUGGAACGACGACAGCAGUCCGCAACAUCAUCCACACAUUGGAGAGGGGACCAUCACCAUCGGGACUGUGCACUGCUGGUUCGUUCUCUUCGCAAGAGGAGGCAAUCUUUGAAGACAGCCCUCGUCCAAACUGUGUGGAAGACUCCGUUGCCCUCGGCGUUCAAAGAACACCUGCAGGCUUGUGA